CUAAUAAGAAUUUAGUCAUUCGUGAGUGCCGUUCGUGGUCUGUUCUUUUUCGAUAAUAUACGCGAGAAGUACCGAAUGAAUAACAUUUAUCUAGUUAUGUUUUAGCAAACAAAAAAAAAUAUCAGUAGUAGUAGCAUAUGAGAAGAAAAACCAAAUUUAGUUAAAAUUGAUUGUGCAAAUAUAAACCAGAUAUUAAAGUGUUAAAAUUUGAAUGUGAAUGUGUAUCCCAAACCACAAGAAGAAAAUGUUUCCACCUAAUCCAGUGUAAAAACACCUUAAUAUUCAAAAAGUACAAUAAGUUUGUUAAAAACACAGUAAUUUAUGCUGUACAGCAUCAAUUGCAUACAAUAAAAAAGAAAAUAUGUAUUAAAUCUUAAUAUACAUAGUUUAAAUUAACACUGAAAUAAAAUAUGUUUUAAAGUGCUUGAGCUUCUUCAGUUUUAACCAUCAAAUUUGAAUGUUUACCUGAGCUUUUUUUUUUGGUAGUGUUAAGUGUUUUAAUCCUCGCUUGAAUCCAAACAUUUGUGACCAUAUUUAAACACAAAUCAAAACAUAAGAAAAAAAACAAACAAAAUCUUCAUUAUUCAAAAAAUAUAAAUACAUACCUUCAUACUACACACAUAUAUACUAUAUAUAAAUAGAUCAUGGUAAAUGUUUAAAAGUCCCUGUGUCUGUUAGAAGAAUUCCCUUAUCUAAAAAGAUCUAAUAAACCAAAAAAUUAAAAUUGAAUUGAUUAAUAAUCUUUGGUAAAUACGAUAAACAAUUCAUCAUGGCGGACUUAAUUCGUCCGCCGUUUAGUGAAAUCAAACGGCCAGAUGAAAUUGUAAGAAUGACUACUGCUGAUAAUUUAAAAUUUGCUGUUCUAAUCGGUCUCAUCGAAGUUGGUCAAGUCACAAAUCGUGAAGUUGUCAAUACUGUUUUGCACUUGCUCGUUGGCGGUGAAUUCGAUAUGGAAUUAAAUUUUGUCAUACAAGAUGCUCAAAAUAUAAAACACAUGUUAGAAUUAUUGGAUCAUUGUCCACCCAAUUUGCAGGCGGAAAUAUGGAGUGUUUUCAUUGCAAUUUUACGGAAAAGUGUACGCAACCUGCAAGCCUGCACAGAUGUUGGCCUUAUCGAGCAUGUUCUCGUGCGUCUACAACGUUCGGAAACAGUUGUGGCUGAUCUUCUUAUCGAAAUGUUGGGAGUUUUGGCAAGCUACAGUAUUACGGUAAAAGAACUGAAAUUACUGUUUGGUACAAUGAAAGCUGUAAAUAGCAAAUGGCCUCGUCACUCGGCAAAGCUGUUAAAUGUUUUAAGGCAAAUGCCUCAUCGUAAUGGUCCGGACGUAUUUUUUAGUUUUCCAGGACGUAAAGGAUCUGCAAUGGUUCUACCACCACUGGCUAAAUGGCCAUAUGAAAACGGUUUUACAUUUACCACAUGGUUUCGUUUGGAUCCCAUAAACUCUGUGAAUAUUGAACGUGAGAAGCCCUACCUCUAUUGUUUUAAGACAUCAAAAGGUGUUGGAUAUACCGCCCAUUUUGUUGGAAAUUGUCUGGUACUUACAUCUAUGAAAGUUAAAGGAAAAGGAUUUCAACAUUGUGUAAAAUAUGAAUUUCAACCAAGAAAGUGGUACAUGAUAGCGAUUGUGUACAUUUAUAACCGUUGGACAAAAAGCGAAAUAAAGUGCCUAGUUAAUGGACAAUUAGCGUCCAGUACCGAAAUGGCGUGGUUUGUCUCUACAAACGAUCCAUUUGACAAGUGCUAUAUUGGGGCAACUCCAGAAUUAGAUGAAGAACGUGUCUUUUGUGGUCAAAUGUCAGCUAUAUAUUUAUUCAGUGAAGCUUUGACCACCCAACAAAUAUGUGCGAUGCAUCGUCUCGGUCCAGGUUAUAAGUCACAAUUUCGCUUCGACAAUGAGUGCUAUUUGAACCUGCCGGACAAUCACAAAAGGGUGAGUCAACAACAGUUGCUACAGCAACAGCAAACACCAACCCAACAUACCGCCGCAUUGUUAUUAGCCGAAGCCGAUGCCCAAUCCAUUGAUUGGGCAGAUGAGAAAUUAGACUUGCAGGCAGCAUUUGCAAAGAUUCGCGCUGUUUUGGCAGCACGAAGUGCUAAUGCAAAUGCUGUGUUACAGGCCUUAACGGGUAGUGGCAGUGGAACAGCUGCUAAUCCUACAGAGAUCCACUCUUCAUCGGCUACGGCAAAUGCAACUUUAGGCCAAACUAGUUUAGCCAAUAACAAUAGUCAUAAUAUAACCACAACAACAAUAAACGAAACGACAACAACUGCAAUAACAACACCAACUAGUGAUAGUCAUUUGGCUAAAAUCACUGACUCUUUAAGUCACAUGCCCAUUGGUUCGGCUUCUUCACUUGAUAACUUGCGUCGAAUGUCUUCUUCGUCUAUUAGCACUUUGGAUUAUAUGAGAGCCUUUGCCGGCGAUGUGGAAGAAAUUAAUCAGUUAAAGGCUGUCCUAUAUGAUGGAAAGUUAUCUAAUGCCAUUGUAUUCAUGUACAAUCCAGUGGCAACCGAUGGUCAACUAUGUUUACAGUCAGCACCCAAAGGAAAUGUAUCAUACUUUGUACAUACACCACAUGCACUUAUGUUACAAGAUGUAAAAGCUGUUAUUACGCAUUCCAUACACUGUACAUUAAAUUCUAUAGGUGGGAUUCAAGUUUUGUUUCCACUUUUCUCACAAUUGGAUAUGGCUCAUGAGGGUAUUAGCGACAUGAAACGUGAUCCAACAUUAUGCUCGAAGCUUUUGGGUUUUAUUUGCGAAUUAGUUGAAACUUCACAAACCGUACAACAGCACAUGAUACAAAAUCGGGGUUUCCUAGUUAUAUCGUUUAUGCUACAGCGAUCGUCUCGAGAACACCUUACUCUAGAAGUGUUGGGCUCAUUUCUUAAUCUAACUAAAUAUUUAGUGACAUGUCUGUCAGCCAAUAGUGAUUUAUUGCUCAAACAGUUGUUUUGUUUUUCGUUUUUAACGUGGCAGCUUUUGGAUCACGUUUUAUUUAAUCCAGCUUUGUGGAUUUAUACACCAGCGAAUGUUCAAGCUCGACUAUAUUCAUAUUUAGCAACAGAAUUUCUGAGCGAUACACAAAUCUAUAGCAAUGUACGACGUGUAAGUACUGUUCUGCAAACAGUGCAUACUUUAAAAUAUUAUUAUUGGGUUGUGAAUCCACGUGCUAAAAGUGGUAUUAUUCCAAAGGGAUUGGAUGGCCCUCGUCCAGCCCAAAAAGAUAUCUUAGCUAUACGCGCUUACAUUCUAUUGUUUUUAAAACAAUUGAUUAUGAUAGGUCAGGGUGUCAAAGAAGAUGAACUGCAAAGCAUUUUAAAUUAUUUGACAACCAUGCAUGAGGAUGAAAAUCUACAUGAUGUUCUGCAAAUGUUAAUAUCGCUUAUGUCUGAGCAUCCCAGCUCUAUGGUACCUGCUUUUGAUGUUAAACAUGGCGUUAGAUCCAUAUUUAAACUGCUGGCUGCUGAAAGUCAAUUGAUACGCUUACAAGCCCUUAAACUAUUAGGCUUCUUUUUAUCGCGGAGCACUUACAAAAGAAAGUACGAUGUUAUGUCUCCACAUAAUUUGUACACACUAUUAGCGGAACGUUUACUUUUGUAUGAAGAAUCAUUGUCGAUGCCAACUUAUAAUGUGCUAUAUGAAAUUAUGACCGAACAUAUAUCACAGCAUAUAAUGUACAAUAGACAUCCAGAACCCGAAAGUCAUUAUCGUUUAGAAAAUCCAAUGAUGCUGAAGGUAGUGGCCACUUUAAUUAGGCAAUCCAAGCAAACUGAAUCGUUGAUUGAAGUAAAAAAACUGUUUCUUUCCGAUAUGACAUUACUUUGUAAUAGCAAUCGUGAAAAUAGACGCACGGUUCUGCAAAUGUCUGUGUGGCAAGAGUGGCUCAUUGCAAUGGCCUAUAUCCAUCCGAAAAAUACAGAGGAACAAAAAAUUUCCGAUAUGGUUUAUUCUUUGUUUCGUAUGCUUUUACAUCAUGCCAUUAAAUAUGAAUAUGGAGGUUGGCGAGUUUGGGUUGACACAUUAGCCAUUGUGCAUUCAAAAGUUUCGUAUGAAGAAUUUAAACUACAAUUUGCUCAAAUGUAUGAACACUACGAAAGGCAGCGAACAGACAACAUAACUGAUCCUGCCUUAAGACAGGCGAGACCAAUAAGUACCAUCAGUGGAUGGGAGCGUGAAGAAUUACAUCAGCAACAACAUGGAGUAGUUCACAAUGCAGCGUCGGUAGCAUCAUUAGAAGAUGUACCUCAAGUAGAUGAAGAUGGCGAGGAUGAGAUGGAAACGGAAGAGUGUUUGAAUCAUAAUCAAGAGAACGAUAUGGACGAUGUGGAGACGGAAAGAGAUGAAACAGAGGGCAAAUGUGAUUGCGCAAAUGAAUCUGACAAAUUACCAGAUACCACAAAAGAUGCCAUCGCCAAUGAAACAGUCAAAUCUAGUAUAUCGAGUGUGAGCGAUGUUUAUAAUGAACAUAUAAAAUCUGAGAUAAUAGUAACUGCCGUUAACUGUAAUGGCCAUACCCCCUCUUCCAAGACUACCAGUGCCACCUCAACACCCGCCAAAAUAAUUACAUCCACGGGACAAGAAGCCCUAAGGGAAUCUUUAAAUAUCAGCGAUUUAGAGGAGCUUGAAAUCGAAAAUGCUAAAACAGACUCAUCCAAUGACGAUGCCCACAUUGCAUUAGUUCUACAGAACUCGGAGAAAUCUUUAGCCGAUUGCAAACUUUUAGCCGAUGAAUUACAGGAAGCAUCGUCAGUUAUAAAGGAUGAAGAAAUUGAAUUGGCUGUAAACGAAGUAGUACAGGGUGUUUUAAAUAAUGAAAAGAAACAAAUCAAAGAACCGUCCUUUGAACACCCACCAACAACUGCUGAAGAUAAUGCAACUCAUACAAAAAUAACACAACUCAAUAACAAAAAUCUCCUAAACAACAACAUUACUGCAACAACAACAGACCAAUUAUCAGCUGAAAUAAACGCAAAUAAUGAAAUCAUACCUGACAUUAGCGAGGACUGUAAAAAGACUGAACAAACUCACGUUACGGAACAGAAUAAUUUGAAUAACAAUGAAUGUCAAACGAUAGUCGAAGCAACAACGACAGCCACUGUUGCAGUUGCAGUUGCAGAACGAACAGCACAAAAAGAUUUAGGUGAAUUAGAAGUAAGUUCGUCUUUAUCUACAACCGUAGAAACAACGGAAGAAAUAUCUUCGCUUAGUCCUGAAACUACAGUAUCAAGUACUUCGAUGGUGGACGAAUCAAUAGUAAAUUUACAUGAAGAUCCCGCUGAAACUACCACAGUCAAAGAUAUAGUUGAUGAGUUAAUAGAUAAAGUUAUUGAGAUUUCUUCACAAGACCAACAUCUGGAACCAAUAACGGAAGCCAAUAAGAAUAAUAAUAAUACCAACAAUAUUUAUGAAAAUAUCGAUGAAAAUUCGUUGAACAAUCCCGACUCUACCGUAGAAGUGUCAUCGGAAGACUUUCUUAGUGAAACCGCUAAGGAAAUUAUUGAAGAUGUUAUACAAGCUGCUGUGGAAAAAGCAAUUUCUUUAGAUUCUCCUGCUGAAAGUACUUGCCCGGAGGAAAAAGUACAAAAUGAUACAGAAAGCGAAAAUAAUCAAAAUGUAGCCAAUAUGGUACAAACUGUAGUGGACGAUCUGGUAGAAGAGACUGUGUCCACAAUAGUAGACUUGGCCGAGAAAAAAGUGUUUGAAGAGCAAGAAACAGAACAACGGAAAUGUGAAAAUCAAGAUGCAUUAGAAGAAGAAAUUCAAGAUGGAAUCGACCAUACCGAAGAUAACACACAAAAAUUCCAACAAGAUUUGACGCACGAAAGUCACAUUGAGUCAGAGACUGCAGUUAGUCAGGAAACUCAAACAAAUCAGUCCAUAGGCGAAACUGAGGAACAUAUACCUUCUCAGGUCCCUCAUUCGCAACCUCAACAGAAACAACAAAGUGCCAGUACUCAAGUUGAAAAUCAACAUUUCGAUGAUACGAAACAACACAGUUAUCCUCAACAACAGCAACAACAACAGCCGCAGCAUCAACAGCACCAGCAGCGUCCCAAGUCUGGCUCUACUCGACCCAUGUUUAGUCCUGGUCCUACACGUCCACCGUUCCGUAUACCAGAAUUCAAAUGGUCGUAUAUACAUCAACGUUUGCUAUCGGACGUUCUAUUUUCAUUGGAAACGGACAUACAAGUGUGGCGUUCACAUUCGACGAAGAGUGUAUUGGAUUUUGUCAAUUCCAGCGAGAACGCGAUAUUUGUUGUGAAUACAGUGCACUUGAUUUCGCAACUUGCUGAUAAUUUGAUAAUUGCCUGUGGUGGUUUAUUGCCAUUGUUGGCCUCUGCCACAUCACCAAAUUCUGAACUCGAUGUUCUCGAACCUACUCAAGGUAUGCCACUAGAAGUUGCCGUUUCUUUUUUGCAACGUCUUGUUAACAUGGCAGAUGUGUUAAUUUUUGCAACAUCAUUGAAUUUCGGGGAAUUGGAAGCCGAAAAGAAUAUGUCUAGUGGUGGCAUAUUACGCCAGUGCCUACGUUUGGUUUGUACUUGUGCAGUACGUAAUUGUCUCGAAUGUAAGGAACGUACACGAUAUAAUGUUGGUGCAAUGGCACGAGAUGUCCCUGGAGCAGCCCAUCUACAAGCACUCAUCCGUGGUGCUCAAGCGUCACCCAAGAAUAUUGUGGAGUCAAUAACAGGUCAGCUAUCUCCUGUUAAGGAUCCUGAGAAAUUAUUACAAGAUAUGGACGUAAAUCGUUUGAGAGCUGUUAUAUAUAGAGAUGUUGAGGAGACAAAGCAAGCUCAGUUUCUGUCAUUGGCAAUUGUUUACUUUAUCUCAGUGUUAAUGGUGUCGAAAUAUCGCGACAUUCUCGAGCCACCUGCUGAGCCUCAGAUUCAGAGACAAUCACCUGUUAUGCAAAGAGCUACUGCCGGCGGCCGUACUAUGCAAGAUGGUGACUAUGAAAUCAUUGUUGUUGACGAAAAUAAUCCCUCUGUUUUGGCAGAUAAUGAUUCACAUUCCAGUGGACCACCAUCAAUUAAGAGUCCCAAACUGCAACCAAAGACCCUAACAAAUAUUACAACAAAUACAACAUCAGUAACCACAGUGACCACUUCCACAAAUCCAACAACAAUUAAUUCAGUAUUAUUGAGUAAUAAUAAAAUAAACAAACUACAAAAACAACCAUUGUCGCCGCCCACACCAGUGGUACCACAAAAAUUACCCAAGAGUGAUUCGGAAUGUAAUUCACUGAAUAUGAACUCAACUGAAAAUGAAGUUCCUGAAGUGGAAUCAUCAAGUGAAAUUAUGGUUGAUGACAGUAAGCCCAUGAAUUCAAAUGAUGAAAGCUGGACAGAUGUCAAUUUAAAUGAAGAUGCAGGUGUGCAGGCCACAGGUAUAAUUAUGUCGGGUGAUGCAAAGUUGCGUGAUAUGGGUGGAAUGCAUGCAGCACAUGCCAGUCAUAUGCAAAAUGUUUCACAUGUUGUUGGUGGCGGCGUUAACGAAAGAGGAGAUAAGCCGGAUUCGGAAAUUUCUGUUGUUAGAGUUCCAGAUGGGUAUGCGAAUGCAUCAGGUGUAUCUGGUAAUGGAGGAAAUGUUGGUGCACAAAGGGGUUCCAGAGCAGAUGACUUGCCUAUGAAACCACCUUUAGUUGGUCAAUUGCCUAUGACUACGCCAUCACGAGAGGCCAGUCUCACGCAGAAGUUGGAGGUGGCUUUGGGUCCCGUAUGUCCUUUACUAAGGGAAAUUAUGGUGGACUUCGCGCACUAUUUAUCCAAGACUCUGGUGGGCUCUCAUGGCCAAGAAUUACUGAUGGAAGGUAAAGGUUUGACUACCUUCAAGAAUUCGCACUCCGUAGUAGAGCUGGUGAUGUUGCUUUGCUCACAAGAAUGGCAAAAUAGUUUGCAGAAGCAUGCAGGACUUGCUUUCAUUGAACUUAUUAACGAGGGUCGCCUAUUGUCGCAUGCCAUGAAAGAUCACAUUGUGCGUGUUGCAAAUGAAGCAGAGUUCAUUUUAAAUCGUAUGAGAGCGGAUGAUGUUCUGAAACACGCAGAUUUCGAGUCGCAAUGUGCGCAAACUUUGUUAGAGAGAAGGGAGGAAGAACGAAUGUGUGAUCAUUUGAUUACAGCCGCUCGUCGAAGAGAUAAUGUAAUUGCCAGCAGGUUGUUAGAAAAAGUGCGCAAUAUUAUGUGUAACAGGCAUGGCGCCUGGGGAGACUCUUGUGGUAGUGUCCAAAAACAAACAUACUGGAAGUUGGAUGCCUGGGAAGAUGAUGCCAGGAGACGCAAACGUAUGGUUCAAAAUCCCAGAGGUUCAUCACAUCCGCAAGCCACACUAAAGGCUGCAUUAGAAAAUGGCGGCCCAGAAGAUGCAAUAUUACAAACUCGAGAUGAAUUCCAUACCCAAAUAGCUGUUAGCCGAGCUCAUCAAGCUACCCAACACACUGCCGAUCUUUUAGACGAUGCUGAACUACUAAUAGAAGACCGAGAACUUGAUCUGGAUUUAACAGGUCCUGUAAAUAUUAGUACUAAAGCGAAACUAAUAGCGCCUGGAUUAGUUGCUCCAGGUACUGUAUCCAUAACGAGUACGGAAAUGUUCUUCGAGGUCGAUGAAGAACACUCUGAAUUCCAUAAGAUUGAGGCUGAGGUCCUCAAGUACUGCGACCAUUUACAUGGUAAAUGGUACUUCUCAGAAGUUAGAGCUAUAUUUUCACGGCGGUAUCUGUUGCAAAAUGUUGCUUUGGAGAUCUUUCUAGCCUCUCGCACUUCAAUUUUAUUUGCGUUUCCUGACCAACACACAGUAAAGAAGGUUAUUAAGGCUUUACCACGCGUAGGAGUGGGCAUAAAAUAUGGCAUUCCACAGACAAGACGAGCUUCGAUGAUGUCGCCACGUCAGUUGAUGCGUAACUCGAACAUGACCCAGAAAUGGCAGCGUCGCGAAAUUUCCAAUUUUGAAUACUUAAUGUUCCUUAAUACCAUAGCAGGUCGCACAUACAACGAUUUAAAUCAAUAUCCCAUAUUCCCUUGGGUGCUGACUAAUUAUGAAACCAAAGACUUGGAUCUUAGCUUACCAUCAAACUAUCGGGAUUUGUCGAAACCCAUAGGAGCUUUAAAUCCCUCAAGAAGAGCUUACUUCGAGGAGCGGUAUGAAUCUUGGGAAAGUGAUACAAUACCACCAUUCCAUUAUGGCACUCACUACUCCACUGCAAGUUUUACACUUAAUUGGUUGGUAAGAGUGGAACCUUUCACUACGAUGUUCCUUGCGUUGCAAGGAGGAAAAUUCGAUUAUCCGGAUCGCCUUUUCUCAUCCGUUAACCUUUCUUGGAAGAAUUGCCAACGUGAUACUUCGGACGUCAAGGAGCUUAUACCAGAAUGGUACUUUUUACCCGAAAUGUUUUACAAUUCAUCCAGCUAUCGAUUAGGUCACCGUGAAGAUGGUACCAUGGUCAAUGAUGUUGAGCUGCCACCGUGGGCAAAGACCCCUGAAGAGUUUGUGCGCAUCAACCGCAUGGCUUUAGAAUCGGAAUUCGUCUCAUGCCAAUUACAUCAAUGGAUUGACUUAAUAUUCGGCUACAAGCAGAGAGGACCUGAAGCUGUUCGAGCCACCAAUGUCUUCUACUACUUGACCUACGAAGGAAGUGUAGACUUAGAGGCGAUUGGUGAUCCUGUUAUGAGAGAGGCUGUUGAAAAUCAAAUACGUAACUUCGGCCAAACACCCAGCCAAUUGCUGAUGGAACCUCAUCCACCCAGAAGUUCGGCAAUGCACUUGUCCCCGAUGAUGUUCAGUGCAAUGCCCGAUGAUUUAUGCCAAAUAUUGAAAUUUUAUCAAAAUUCUCCUAUCAUACAUAUAUCAGCAAACACGUAUCCCCAACUAUCGCUGCCUUCGGUUGUUACUGUCACAGCAGGACAUCAAUUUGCUGUUAACAGAUGGAAUUGUAAUUACACUGCUUCCGUCCAAAGCCCCAGCUAUGCAGACUCCAGCCAACAGCAAGGAGCCAUGAAACCAUUAACAAUUGAUCCCGUCUUAACUGCUCAAAAUACAGCAAAUAAUAAUCCCAUGAAUCGCAGACAUUUGGGAGACAAUUUCAGUCAAAUGUUAAGAAUAAGAUCCAAUUGUUUUGUAGUUACCGUAGACAGUCGUUUCCUUAUAGCCUGUGGUUUUUGGGACAAUAGUUUUCGAGUAUUCAAUACUGAAUCUGCUAAAAUUGUGCAAAUAGUUUUUGGUCAUUUUGGCGUCGUGACAUGUUUGGCUCGCUCAGAGUGUAAUAUCACAUCUGACUGUUAUAUAGCUUCAGGUUCGGCCGAUUGCACUGUACUUUUGUGGCACUGGAAUGCUCGUACACAAAGCAUAGUCGGAGAAGGUGAUGUUCCCACACCUAGAGCAACAUUAACUGGUCAUGAACAGGCCGUUACCUCGGUUGUGAUAAGUGCAGAAUUGGGUCUAGUGGUGUCAGGUUCUACAAACGGCCCCGUUCUCAUCCAUACAACCUUUGGCGAUCUCUUGCGUUCUUUGGACCCACCCCUGGAUUUCCACUCUCCAGAAUUAAUUGCAAUGUCACGUGAAGGUUUUAUCGUUGUAAAUUAUGACAAAGGUAACGUGGCAGCUUAUACAAUUAAUGGAAAAGAACUAAGACACGAAACCCAUAAUGAUAACUUGCAGUGCAUGUUACUUUCACGUGAUGGUGAAUACUUAAUGACAGCUGGCGAUCGCGGUAUUGUUGAAGUUUGGCGUACUUUUAAUUUGGCACCCCUCUACGCUUUUCCAGCAUGUAAUGCCGGUAUACGUUCAUUGGCUUUAACUCAUGACCAAAAGUACUUACUCGCUGGUCUUUCAACUGGUUCAAUCGUUGUAUUUCAUAUUGAUUUCAAUCGGUGGCAUCACGAAUACCAACAGCGCUACUAAACCAUAAUAAGUUAUUGCCAUCCAAACAACAACAAUAUAAAAUAAAAAAAAAAAAACAACAACUGCAGUAUCAACAAAAAAGUCAGUAUUUAAAGAGUAAGUCCAUUCGUCUUUAUAUUUCUAUAAACAAUUUUUAGUUGAAUACGUAUCUGUUUUCAUGAAAGUUAAACACGUACUAGAUUUCUUAGGCUAGAAAAUAAAAAUUCCAACAAAAAUUCACUUUUAUUUCGCUUUAACAUUCAGAAAUAAUAAUGAAAAAAAAAUGCAAUUGAAAGGAACAAUGUUCCAAAUAAUUUUGAUUCAAAUAGAAAUUAAAUAAUUUUAGGCAUUCUUUAACUUAACAGAAACAAAAAAUAAAAAUACAAAACAAAAAUACUAAACGUAGCAUAGAACGAGUUACAAAUGAAACUAAGUGGCCAAAAGUGAACGUACUAAAGUAGUAUUAAUACAAAAAACAAAACAAUUCAUAAUUAUACAAAUUAACAAUUACAACAACUUAUUUAAUUAAACAAACAAGCAAGUGUUAAAGAGCAUUUAGUGUUAAAUGAAAAGUUUAAGUAAGAAACCCUCUUAAGGCUUAUACUAGUCGGUUUUUAAAUUAAAUUAAAUAUAAUAAUGCACUUUUAAUUUUUAUACAUAAAUAUAAAAACACAAGAAAUUAAAAAUAUUAUACAAUCUACUCAACAGCAAACACAAACAACACAUACAAACCUUUUGUAUAUAUAAACAAAAAACUAAUUUACCCCAUAUUCUAAACUUUAUGACAAUGAGACUCAAAUUAUAGAAAUUCUUACUAAAAUUUUUUUUUUAAAAAAAAAAAAUUUAUCAAUGUCCUACAGUUUAGAAUGUAGGGGUUGGACACAUUUUUAUUAAUUGACUUUAAAAACAAAAAUCGCAUUCCCUUUAAAAAUAUAAGAAACAAACAAAAAAAAUCCCAAAUUAAUUUUAUGUUUAAACUUCGUCCAUUAUUUAAAAAAAUAGUUUUAAAAAAAAAAAAAAAUUUUGAGUGUUUUAUACAUACGUAUGUGUUGAGUAUUCAGAAAAACGUCCAUUAUAUUUUUUUGUUGUUGUUGUCUAUGAGACUUUAUUUCUUUCUUUGUUAUAUCCAUACCCUUAUUAACCCUUAAGCCCUCCAGAUUUGGGUUAUUUUAACCCCUUUUGUCUAUUUGUCUAUGUAUAUUUAAUCGUCAUUAAUCCUAUUGAAAUUGGUUGUUGUUUAUUUUUUUUUUUUAGUAUUUACGUACAUACAUAUGUAUGUACAUAUCGUCAGCUGAAAUGCAUAUCCUCGUAACUUUACAUAAUUUUAUGGAAUAUCUAAAAACAUUUAAUUGUAAUAUACCACAUGCUGCAGUAAAAUAUAAUGUAUUUUCAAUAAUAUUAUCACUAUUCAUUAUCACACUAGAGUUUCCAAAAAACCGAAGAAUUUCAAAACCGCGGUUUCGGUUUAGAGAUAAUUUGUUAAAUAUUAAGUGUUACAGAACCAAAAUCAGUUGAUAAUAUAUUAAAUGCUAUACAAAUUUAAAAUAAAAUGGUACACAUGAUUUUGAAUGAGUUAGAGCGGAAUGAGUUAGUAGCAUGCUACAUCAUCUGAAGCAAUUAUAGUAAUACAAUUUAAAGAAAUCUUAAGAUAUUUUUACCGAUCUGUUUUUUUUAGGGAUAUUGGAUGAAAAAAUUUAUUUCUAAUUUCUAAAUUUUGAAUUUUUCUUCUGAAAAUAGAUUAAAAUUAAAACCGAUGAAUAAUUUUCGGUUUCGGUGUUAGGCCUUGAAAAACCGCGGUUUCGGUUAAAACCGAACACGAAACUCUAAUCACAACGAUCUAAAUUUGUUUGCGAUAUAACUUUUGAUUAACUAAAAAAAACAAUUUUGAAUUUGUUGUUAGUUACGUGGUUUUGCAUUUCAGCUAAAGAUAAUUAUUUAUAGUAUGUUUUCUCUAGCUAUAAUUUUUAAAUAAUAUUUAGUUCAACACUAGCAAAUUUGUAAAACAACAAUAUGUAACAAAAAAAAAAUGAAAACAAUUAAAAAACGUAUCGUUGUAUUAUGCACCAUCAGUAUAUGCAUCUAUCAAUUAAUGUCUACUAAUUUAUAACGUUUUAUCAUCUUUAAGAUUUUUUUCAAAUGUUUAUACUUUUUCAAUACAUUUUGUAUGAUCUUAAUUUUGCAUAAAUAAGAAGAAUGAAAAAAAAAUCACAUUUUGCGUAAUUUACAGAAUAUUUUUAGUGCAUGAAUGUAUUUUAAAAAUACAUAAAAACAAAAAUUUUUAAACGUAAUUACAACUAUUCUGUCCACAUUGCAAUUUUUAUUCAUGGUUAAGGCAAAAAAAAAAAUAAAAAUAAAUAAUUAAACCACAAAGCAAAAAAACAAAAAAAAAAAAAAGUGAAAUAUAUGUUUAUGUAAAUAAGUAUAAAUUAAUAAAGUUUAAUAAUUAUAUACGGUGAGGGGUUUGUUUUCAAACAAAUAAAUUAAUUUCGGUUAAAUAACAAUUAAUGUAAAUAUAGCUUAGAGAUUCAAAUAAAACUUAAACGAUUAAAAGUUAUGUACUUAAAAUAUGCCUAUGAAUAUUUUUUGAUUUAUUUCUUCUUUUCUUAUACAUACAAACAUGCAUAAAUACAUACAUACAUACAAAUAUAUUUACAUCAUUCGUAUUUAAAAAUAAUAAAAUCAAGAUUUUAUAAAAGCGUUGCCUCAAAUUUUUAUUAAUGAAAAUUAAUUGCGGCUGACUAGUACUUUUAAAAAAGUAAAUUUAUUAUUAACAUACAUGCACUACUAAGAAAUACAUACAUACAUACAUAAUUACAUCAAAAAAAAAUAUCUCGUUUGGGAAAUAAUUCAAUACAACAAAUCUAUCUACAAAAAUUCUUAAAAAUAAAAAGUUAAAUAAAUAUUCCCGAAAGUUUAGCAUAGUUUUUAAAUUCAAGCUUUUUUUGCUGCAAAAGAAUUUUUAAUAAAUCAAAACAUAAAAUAAAAAAUAUUGAAUAUAUUUUGUCAAUCAUGUUAAAAAUUUACUAAAAACAAAAAAAGUAAUAACAGCUAAAAUCCAAUAAUUAAAGACAAAGAAACUUAAAAAAAUAUACGACAAAUUAUUUGCUAAACAAUUAUAAAUAACAAACAAACAUAAAUAAAUAAAUAAAUUAACAAAUAAAUAAAUAUUAAGUCAUGUGAAGCCUAUACUCUUAUGUGCAAAUGCAAAACAAAUUAAACUUAAAAUUAUACAAAUAAAACUAUAAAAAACAAUAUUGAAAAUAAUACAAAAACAGACCAGAAAUGGUAAAAGAUUUAUAAAUUAUUAGAGUACUUGAAGUAAAUAAAAAAUUAUUUAAAAUUUGAUAAAAAAAAUAAAAAGAAAAACGAUUAAUAAACACAUUUUCACACUGACAGCACACACACACAUACACACCCACACCCACACACAUUCAAACAUGGGAAAACACAUUGCAUAUGCUAUGAAAAUAAGUAAUUAUUACAAUUAAUAUGAUUAUGUUCAAUAAAAUAAAUUCAAAAGACAAUUAAGAAAUGAUUUGAUUUCCAA